AUGCCGAAGAAUAAGGGAAAGGGUGGCAAGAACAGGCGUAGGGGAAAGAACGAAGCCGAUAACGAGAAGCGUGAGCUCGUCUUCAAGGAAGAUGGCCAGGAAUACGCUCAGGUUGUCAAGAUGUUGGGCAACGGUCGUCUAGAAGCCCAGUGCAUGGACGGCGUGCGAAGGCUAGGAAACAUUCGUGGAAAGCUCCGAAAGAAGGUCUGGAUCAACCAAGGCGACAUCAUCCUCCUCUCCCUCCGAGACUACCAAGACAACAAGGGCGACGUCAUUCUCAAGUACACCGCCGAUGAGGCCCGCUCGCUCAAGGCCUACGGAGAACUUCCCGAGAACGCGAAGAUCAACGAGACCGAUACCUACGGUGGCGAGGGCGAGGGCGACUGCAACUUCGAGUUCGACGAGGACCGCGACUCUGAAACCGAGUCGGAUGAUAACGUUGCUGCUAAGGAUAUCGCCAUCGACGAUAUCUAA